UGAGGUCCCGAAACGACAAACAACUCGCCGAUGAAUGACUUCAUCGAUCAAGCUUUAACUAAAAAUGAAUGACAUACAAAUGGAGACGUUUGUGGGUGUACAAACAUUGGUUAGUAUUUUUUCUGUUGUUGUUCAAGGAACAUUGGCAAAUUAGUUCAAACUAUCGGAAUUUAAUGUAAAUUUCACGAAGAUUUGUUUACGUUAAGGCCGUUUGACCAUUUGAAGAUUAAAAACACUUGAGAAAAUAGGCAAAUAUUCACGCACACAAAAUAAAGUGAAAUACAAAUUGAAAAAAAAUUAAUUAAAUUUGUUUAUGACUUUAAUUCAAUAAAGUUUUAUGACUUUUUUCCUCCAUAUUCUGUAAUCAUUUGAAAUUUAAAUAUACACGCCGAAAUGCGGGUUCAUUUGGAUCGUGAACAAAACCCAAAGUAAAAGUAAAUAUAAAUAUAACUUCAACUUCAACAUGAUAUAUACCGUAUCUUGAUUGUUUUUUUUUUCGGCGUGUGGAAAUGAAAGUAAAAUUUUAGUUGCAUCGUAUAUCAUCGUUUACAGCUUCUGCUUCUGCUACUGUUUCUAUUUUCCCAUUUAUUAGCCUUAGCUAUAUGAACUACAACGCGUCGUACAUGCAUUCAACUGAAUUACAGUUAUACUACGAGUGCGCAUCUUUCAUCUCUAUAAAUAGAUCAAUGCGCUAUUCCAUUCGAUCGCCAAGCGUAAGAUAUACAAUAGAUGUAUUUCCUCAAUGAAUCACACUUUCCGAAAUACUAGAUUAUACGUUUAUACUUUUUCCUGCACGUACAUCAAGUGUUUCUUCUAAGUACGGCAAAUGUUUUAUCAGUUGAAAAUUUCAUCUAGUAUCAGCGCACAGAGCAUAUAUGAAAUAAUCAAACAAUAAUGUUUUCGGUUGGUAUCAAACCGUAAGUUCAAUAAAACCAUUGAACCGAUCAUUAUAUUGAGCUCAAUAACUCAAUAACUCAAUACUUUCUGCAUAUUUAGUGUGCGGAAAACUUAAAGAGAAAAAAAUACGAGCAAGAAACAGAUGAGAUUUUGGAAAUCGAUGUAAUUACAACUGUUCCGGUACUAUAAAUAACAACAGUCAGACGAUAUUGAAGAAUAAUUUUUUGGAUGAAAUUGAUGGAAAAAGCAACAAUAAUCAAAUGAUGUAAAAAGUAGAAAAUCAUCUGUUUGACGUUUGAAUAAGAAAAAAAUACACCAGGCAAUAUAAUAUUGUAUGCGUGAAAAAGUAAAUAUUUACAAUAAUUGCGAAGAAGAUGGUAUUUGAACAAUUCAUAAAAAGAAAGCGAAACCGCAACAAUGGAGCCAUUUCGAUCGGACUAUUAAUAACACCGUAUAUAAGUCUAAAUCGAUGAAUUUGUAGAAGAAAUAUUAUGGAGAAAAAAAAACAAUGCAUGAAUCAUACCGAUAGACAAAUUGUCGGCGAAAUAAAAUGAAGUAGAAAUAAACAUACACAACAAAAGAAGGAGAGCAGUGCCAUCUGUUGUGCUCAACUGUGAAUCAGAAAUGAAAUCGUAUGCAGACAGUUCGUCGAUGUGCUCUAUGCAGAGGUUUGUGAUAAAACGUCGAGAGAGAGAGAACAUUGACAGUGUUACUCUCUUUGAACAGAGACACAAGUAUGGUAUCACACUAGUUGUCUCACUUUACGAUAUGGGUUUAUUUACGUGAAUACGUCGUCGAAAAACUGCAACAACACUCUCUGCAGAGAGAAUUGAACCAUCAAAACAAAAACACAUACUCACUCUUUUUUUGGCAUUUAGAUGAAAUCUCAAUUUAUAAAAGUGGAUGAGUACACAUUUUGUAUGAAAAUUAGUUCUGUGAAAUCCAUUGACACAAUUCACACACAACAAAAAUGGAUCUUCAAGACGCUGACGGAAUUGAUUCGGAUAAAUUUGUGAUAUUUCAACAAGAUGAUUUACAUAUUGAAAGUUUUCCUUUGAUGAAAGAAAUUCGACGCCAAGGCAAGCUUUGUGACGUCACGCUUAAGGUGGAAGACCAAUCAUUCUCUGCCCAUCGAAUUGUUUUGGCUGCUACUAUCCCAUAUUUCUAUGCCAUGUUCACACAUGAUAUGGCUGAGAGUCGUGUUAAGGAGAUUACAAUGAAAGAAAUAGAUCCACAAGCACUGGAGAGUCUGAUUAAUUUUGCCUACAGUGGAACUGUUAAAAUUGACAAUCAAAAUGUUCAAAUGCUGAUGGUUGGGGCAGCUUUUCUCCAAUUAAACAAAGUCCGAGAUGCAUGUGCCGAUUUUUUAGUGUCAAGAUUUCAUUCACAUAAUGUGUUGGGUAUAAGACAAUUUGCCGACUCCUUGGGAUGUUCGCAAUUGGUAUCAGAAGCUGAGAAUUAUAUACAUACGAACUUUUCAAAGGUGUCCCAAUCCGAUGAAUUUCUAAAUUUAUCGUUCGAUGAGCUCAUCGACAUCAUUCGACGGGACGAAUUGAAUGUACGCAAUGAAGAGAAUAUUUUUGAAGCCUGUAUGCGAUGGAUAAAAUGGAACGAAAGUAGAACAUCAAUGCUGCCUCAAGUUCUAUCAAAAGUCAGGUUACCGUUGCUCACGCCACAAUUUCUUGCUGAUCGUGUGGCAACGGAAGACUUAAUUCGCACAUCACAUCAAUGCCGAGAUUUAUUAGACGAAGCUAAGGAUUUUCAUUUGAUGCCUGAACGACGGGCACUAGUACAGAGUUUUCGUACAAGGCCCAGAUGCUAUGGAACGACAAUCGGACAAAUUUUCGCCGUCGGUGGACUUACAAAGAAUGGUGAUUCCGUGAGUACGGUGGAGAUUUACGACCCAUUGACCAAAGAAUGGAAGAUGGGCGAAGCGAUGUCGAUGUUACGUUCACGUGUUGGUGUUGCGGUCACCGGCGGAAAACUCUAUGCUUUUGGUGGUUUCAAUGGGAGUGAACGAUUGUCAACCGUCGAAGUGUAUGACCCAAAAACGAAGAUAUGGUCACAAGGAAAGGCCAUGCAAUGUAGAAGAAGCGCAGUCGGCGUGGCAGCUUUAGACGAUCGCGUUUAUAUUUGUGGCGGAUAUGAUGGAAUCACAUCCCUUAGCACGGUUGAAGUGUAUUCACCCAAAACUGACUCAUGGUCAACGGUUGCGCCAAUGAUGAAGUAUCGUUCGGCUGGUGGUGUAGCUGCCUUAGGAAAAUAUGUCUAUGCUUUGGGCGGUCACGACGGUCUAUCAAUCUUUGACUCGGUGGAGCGGUUUGAUUCAAAUACCAAUACUUGGAUGAAAGUUAGCCCUAUGCUGAAUCGUCGCUGCCGCUUAGGUGUAGCAACACUUAAUGACAAAUUAUACGCGUGUGGCGGCUAUGACGGCACCUGCUUUUUGAAGAGCGUCGAAGAGUAUUCUCCGGAUAGGGACGAAUGGCGAUUAGUGGCCCCUAUGAAUGUGAAACGAAGUAGAGUAGCAUUGUGCUCAAAUAUGGGAAAAUUAUGGGCGAUUGGAGGUUACGACGGAGAAAGCAAUCUAUCGACUGUCGAGGUGUAUUGUCCGAUCAAAAACGAAUGGACAUUUGUUGCACCCAUGUGUGCACAUGGGGGAGGUGUAGGCGUGGGCGUCAUACCUAUUUCAUAAGAGAAACUUUAGACGGAACAAAAUCGUGAUCGGCAGCUAUUUGUCUAAUUACUUAAAGUAUUCAUUCGUAUACUUUGUAUCGUAAUCAUAUCUGCAUUUAUAGUUCUUACCCUUCACACAGCUCAUAUGUCACUCUUUUGUAUGAGAACCCAGUAAAAUUUGUUAAGUUUAAGUUAAUUUCACAUCUUGCUCUCAGAAUUCAAAGGAGGCAAACUAAAAAACAUACAGUGUAAAACAUCAAAUUACCCACUGUGUUUUCGCCAUUGUAGGCAAAAUAUCAGUUGACCUUCAUUGUAUUAAAAAUGUAGGUAAAAUGACAUUUCGCCGACAAUCCGAAUUUGAAUCCGAAUUUAGUUGAAAUUGUGUGGUUUUAUUUAUUUUUUCUUUUGCAGUAUCAUUUUUAGUAGCACACAGCAACACGAGUUUUAUUUGUGACACAUGAAUUUCAUGACAUGAAGCUAAAAAAAAACAGUACUAGUAUAGAUCGAAUUGUAGAUACUUUUCUGAAAACAAAUUAUUUGCUUAGUCAGAGCCCCACCAUCAUUUAAAGUGAAGUAAUUCGGUUUGUGAUAAUAAACAGCUGACAUUCCAUUUUAUGGUUCUCAUCAUUGAAUUACUUACACUAUGAUAACAUUUUUAUGGUGAUUCCUGUAAUAAUUGGUGUUAAUUAGCUUUUUUUCGUUAUUUACAAAAGGUAACAAUAACAAUUGUCAAUCAUAUCUGAAUGAUAACAAUAUCAACUAAUCAAAAAUGAUAAACCGACCUGGUAAAAAUUCAUAAGAGAUUUUUACAUUUAGUUCGUAUCAUAUAAAGCAGCUUGAAACAAGCGUGAUAAACUUACAUGCAGACGUUAAAAAUUAGCAUUUUCUUAUAAUAUUAAAAGAAACGAUUGAAAUUUUUUAAGCGAGAAAAUCCAAAAUGCAAAUAUUUAAAAAAUAAAAAGUUUAUUCGAUAAACAAGUUUGAAAGAACGGAGAAAAAUGAUCGAAAUAUAAAUAAGACGAGAAAAUCAGGUUAAGGCCAGUUGCGGUUUCCUUUAUUCUUCGAAAGAUUGUCUGAAUAAACCAUACAUUUUACGAGUUUGGUGCAGUUGAUCAAAUAAUGCAAUUGAUUUAAAUUAAAUGUUAUUCACUAAAUAAAAGACCAGUAGACACACAAUCGUCACAGAGAUGAGUUGCUUACAAAUAACAUUGUUCAUGUGCAUUCUGUGCACAAAAUACUUAUUGGGUGACAUAAACUUCGAUACAUUAAACGUGUUGAUGGAGAGUGUGCAAAAGAAUUUUAAUGAAAUUGAUCCAGUAAGAGUUUACAUUUUUGAUUCAUUCAACAAUAAGCAUAAUACUUUGUAAAAGAUUAAAAAAAUUAAAAUAAUUUCUGCGGAAUAAUAAAAACUAUAUAUUGUUC